UGCCACACUUGAGUAGAAUAGAGAGACAAAUGUGGAAGAGAAGCUUGGUCGGCGCCGUUGGUGCACUCCGGCGGCCAUAUUCGUCGGGAGGUCGUGGCGCAACCAACAUCUCCCCCGCCGUGAAUUCAAUGAUUCUCCGUUCCCUCAAGGAUCACUACAUGGAAAUCUCCAAAAUGAACAUGCCCCCUAAAGUGAGUCCUCCGUCGCAAUUCACGAUCGUGAAGGGGGCGCUGGAUUCGCACGGUCCUGUUCUGAAGCGAAGCUACGGCGACGAAGAGGUGAGCAUCUACGUCAUGCGCUUGUCCGCUCCCGAAGACGAAGAGGGAGCCAUCGACCAGCUCUUCAUUCACGUCGACGUCUCCAAACCUUCGCAGAACGAAUCGUUGAUUUUCCUCUGCGGUUUGUACGAGGAUGCUUUGGGCAUUCACUCUGUUUCCAUGCGGCCUAAGCUUAAAGACUCUGGUUACAUCCUCAUCCCCUCCCAAUACACCGGCCCUGUUUUUGGAGAACUAGAUGAAAAGAUGAGAGAUGCAUUUCACAAUUACAUUGAGGAGCGAGGAGUAAAUGAGAGCCUCUUUAAAUUUCUUCAAGCAUGGCUAUAUGUAAAGGAACAUCGAAAUCUGAUGCGUUGGUUCAAAACGAUGGGCCUGUUCAUUGACGGAAAGAAGCCAGCUACAGGUGCUUAAUUCCCCUCUCUAAGAGGUCAUGUAUUUGCAAAUGGACUUGUACUGUGUUCAAGUUUUUAUCAAUUUAAAAGUGCCUACAGUUUCGUAGUUUUAGAUUAUUUAUUUUAAAGGAUCAACACACACGAGUAGAUAACUUUAAUUUAGACGAGUGCUAAAUUUUAUCAAUUUAACUAUUUUUGACG